CAAAUACCAUCUCCGUGGUCUUUGGGUUUUCUACGGCGAUGCAACAGCUCUCUUUUCUACAGUGUUGAACUUUCUCCUCGAACAACGACCAAGAACUUGAAGACGAAGUCCCGACGACGUUGUGCCGGUGCGCGGGAGGUGUAGUGUGUAAUGAAGAGAGAUGGAAGCAUCAACCGCUGGAGUGACAGAGGGCGCUACUCAGAGGGUGGUGGGAUACUUUCGAUUUCGGAGCGAGUGGCUUGGAGAACACGAGAGAGACUGCCGUUGGCACUGAAGGAGAUCGAAGAGGAGGUCAUCUCAUACCUCGAUUCUCCUCCGACUUGCGUUUUCGUGGGACGCAUGCGCGAGCAGUACGGAAGAAAGGCCACACUGUUUUCCUGUGCUGAACAGUUUCGCUCCUCGGUAAAGAACUCGCUUCCGGGCCCUUCAACGUCUUUUCCACAUGUGAGCGAUGACCCAAAAGCUCUCUCGCCACAGGCAAAGCUCCUCAUGGACAAAGGUCCUACUCGACUGGAAGAUCUUCUGGAAAGCCCCCUGCUGAAAACAGGAGCACUAUUUCCGUACUGCAGGCUUACCGGCACGCACCUCUGGACAAUGCUGCUCCAGAAAUAUGCACGUGCACUUGAGGGGGCUAAGGCGGACCAUGAAAAAGAAGCGAAAUCAGGGGACACCCAUUCUUCCGACAGUCAUUCAUUGCCUUCGCCGAGCAGCCCUGCGGUACCCAGUGAAUACGCAGACCCUCAGCAAUCCGGUCUGCUCGCGGGACUUGAUCAAGUCAAUGAAAUUUUAGAAUAUCCUUCUCUCCCUGAAGUAACCGAUCGGUUGCUGUUGAAGCAGGUUUUCGUCAGCGUCAAGUACGCCGAACGGAAUGUUGUGUCCCAUGAUAAGCGCAAUAAUAAUGGAGUUCUUGCACAAGUCGGCGACUCUGUCAUAACCAUGGCUCUCAGGUCAAUGUUAUGGCGAAAAUAUCCUCAUCUUCAGCCUCAUGGUGUUGUCAGUGUCCUCAGGCUUCUGGAGUCCAACAAAGCCCUCGACAUCAUCGGCAAGGCAUACAAUCUUGACAAAUCGCUGUCACGGCGGCCAAGGAGAAGAGAAUGGGCAGUGGCCGAUGCAUUUGAAGCUUACGUUGGUGCCAUGUACGAAUCCCGAGGGUUCCAAGUUGCAGUCGACUUCCUACAACGACUUUAUGCCCCCAUGAUGACUCGUGCAUACCACCUUGUGACGACUUCGCGUGAUCCUAGUACGCUCCAGUAUGAAAUGUUGUACCCAGUUGCCAACACAGACGCCAACGUCCUUCUCGCCAAUAGUUCACCUGAACCCAUCUCUCCACAGGAAGCAGGGCAACCAGACAUUCCAAACAAGCUCACUUCCUGUACGACACCAGGCCUUUCCGACGUUUCUGCUGAUGAAAAUACGACCUCCACACGUUAUGGCAAUGGAUUCGACCAUUUCAUUUCUCUCUCUCUCCCCACUCAAAUACCGUACAUCGACACGACCCCAGAGCCAGAUGUGGCAACCCCUGAACCAGUCUCUGUGCCUCAACGAUCGGAAGCUUGCCUGGCAGACGUGGAGCAGAGAGCGCUACACAAAUCCGGAGAGUCACCUUUGAUCGAGUCUUCAUCAAGCAAACGAUGGAGCCAGGAAACACCCAAACCUCGCCAGUUGUCGUAUCAUGAACAGCUCGUUGUCUUGAUCCAACAGCGUGAUCGAGAUCGAGAUCUCGUCACCGACCCUGAUUUUCUUGUCAAACCGGUCAAAGCUGAAUCAAAAAUAUCAAGACGCAGGCGUAGAGUGAAGAAAGCAAAGGCAAAAUCUCGAUCAGCGCCAGAGUUCGUUGGGCACUUGGAUAGGUUACUUGUGAGCGAUCUGUCGGGCGAAUUGGUUUUGGACCUAGGACAGAAUGGGGAGAAAUCUGAUGGGUCAACACUUACGGCUCCUGUAUCUCCCCAACCGUCUACUUCCGAUAAGCAACGAAUGAAGAAGAGCAACACACUCGGCGGCCGCCUGGCCCAAAUGGAGCUUAGCCCUCCGGGAAGUACACCGUCCCAGGCUAUCACACGCAGACCUCAGUCCAAGAGAUUACCUGUGGCCGAAUCCGCCUUCGCCAGAGAAUUAACUCGAGCCAUUCGAGAAGUGGAUGAGGAGAAGCGGUUGUCGAAAUCCACGCCUAACUCCCCGGUGUUGGGAGGCCGCCUUCCGAUCUCGCCCACCAGCAGCAUCAAUGUCAAUAAAGAUCUGUUAAAGAUAGAUCACGCUCUCCCGUCACUCAAGGAUCGGGCCCAACGUUCAGGACACAUCCGCAAGUCCCAAGGGAAUAAGUUGGCGUCGAAAUCGGUGGCUGUAGAAGGAUUUGAGCUCCCUGCCCCUGUCCCGUCAAGUUUACCAUCAAAGAAGGUGGCAUCUAAGCGGACCAGAAAGCGACGCGCACGUGCCGUGUUGAGCUUGCCGCAAGCGAAGACGAAACCUCCGCUGACUUCAUCGGGGGCCACUGCGGAAAUGUCGUCUGUUGCACCAGUUAGCACUCGUCCCGAGAUCACUGGAUCGUUUUCCACGACCGACAUGAAGGCAGGAACGGAGUCCCGACCAGAGUCCCGACUACGUACCUUACUUGAGUUGUUGGACCCAGCACCCGUCAGCGAGCCUUCUAAGACUCUCGCAUCCAUCGCGGGUCCGGGGACGACCAGCACCAUCUUUACACAGCCCAACAAUUCCUUUGAAGCAGUGGAACUUCGAAGUCCACCAGCUCCAGUGCCUCUCUUUGACGGUCUGUCCUCCCGCCUGUUCGAAUUUCUGGGCAUGUUCGGGAGUCAGCAAGAGCAGAAGCCACGUGAACUUGAAGAGCCGGAGAAAGCGGGGCGACCGAAGAUGGGGGAAGUCGAACCCAGCGCACAAGUAGGGGAUACAUUUUCGAGUGGCACAAAAACUCUUCCGAUAACUGAGACCUUGAGCGACCCGCGAGAUCUUCUAUUUUCCUUCAAUCCCGGUGGCGCGCACAAAGACAUGCUUAGCUCGAAAUUUCUCGCUCGCAACGGUGAACCCGAGAAAACAUUCAAGCACCCGCCUUCUCGGCAGAACAAUAUCGGUGAGCGAUUCAAGGUUAUGGAUCGGCCGCCGGUUCACCAGACCGUGCUCCCCCGAUACCCGAGGAUGGCCAGUUUUGCGGGAGGGCUAAGAAGUGGCGGCCUGCAGAGGCACGAGUAUCGGCCCAAUAAGACCUCGGUGCGUGUGACAAAGAAGAUGUUCGCUGUCAUAUUGAAGAAGAGGAAGUGAACAGCUAGCAUGGGCGGGACGGGUUAGCAUAUGUGGGAAGCGGCUAUGGAAUUGCAUUUACAUUAUUUUAGCAUUGUAUAUACUUGCCCAAACCAA